AUGAAAGUGGUACCCAGAACGGUACCAGAAUUAAUCGCGAUUACAAAGCGUCGUGUCACAUACGAGAGCAAUGGUACGAGAUGCACCCCCGAAAAAUUCGGGACUAUGGCGCAAGAGAGUGGAGGAGGGGGAAGAAGGGAGAGCAAAACGCGGUACUGGAAGAUGCAGUCCGACGUAACCUUUGACGUCGGGUCGCGGCACUCUGCGCGGGACGAGGGCGGUAGGGAGGUUGGAAAAGGGGAUGGAACGGGGAAAACCGGUGGAGGAAAGGAGGGAGGGGACGAGACGGCCCCGCUUUUCUGGGGCACGUGCCCAUGGGUAUCGGUAUUUCGGGGGAUUUGGACGAAAACCAAACGAGAGAGCCCGCUCAAAGAGAGCGGCCGUGCGUUCGGAGCAACUCGUCCAGCACGCAAACUCCGCUGGAAAAACGUCGAUAAGCGUCGUACGCUUCUCGCCGAUCAAGUCGAGAGCGACUGGGGUCUCGUGGAACCGGCGCAGGGGAUCGAGACAACGAAGGGUGGAUCGAGCAGUCGAUCUUUGCGGGCGGGGUCGGAUCCAUCGCCGACUGGGUCGAUCGACGCACCGCCGCGAGAAGUCAAAGACAAGAUUUCGACACCCAGACAGAGAGAGACAGAGGCGGGCGUGGAGGGUACGCGGAGUUGGGGUGAAACCGGCCUUUAAGGACACAAAAAUCUUGCUGACUGUACUACUACACCGAGCACUUUCGAACUCGGUCUUGUAACAAAUCGGAACGGGCCCGCGAUCGCGCAGCUCGCCCCCCUGGGGUCCAAUCUAAAUCAAUGGGCUUGUGGCUUUUGCCUCGGCCUAGCCACCGGCCACUUUCGUGGGCCACAUCAUCCAAGGAGCAGCGUGUCUCAUCAUCAUUACACACCGGACAGCGACGCAAUCAAAUUGACGCAGGAUGAUGAACUCCUUCAUGAUGCAACACAUUUAAAGGAAGAUAUGGGUUCCAUGGCUGAUCAACUUGAUUUUUCGAAAAUGACUGAACAAGAGAUAGAAUUCCACUAUUUUCAAAUUCACGAUUUCGACAAUAAUACAAAGUUAGACGGAUUAGAAAUUCUUCACGCUCUUCAACAUACGAUGCAUGAAAACGAGGAAGAAGGAAUACAAAAACCAGAGGAAGAUUGGAUUGUAGUGCUAAUAGAUAAAGUGUUAGAAGAGGACGAUUUAAACAACGAUGGAUAUCUAGAAUAUGUCGAAUAUGUAUUAGGCAGACAAAGGGAUCAUGUCGCACAAGAGAAACGCAACAAGCUCAGAAUCGGAACAUGAAGAUUUUAAUUAUAUAUAAUUCGU